ACCUACACAACGAUGAGCUGGCGCAGAGCACAGGACGUCAACAACAGCUUAUUCCUUUUCAAAAGUCGAAAGCAAGGUUCCAGCAACCACCGAAGGCCUGUCAUUUCCUGGACACUAUCCGAGGCUUGAUACUGACCGCCGUCCUAACUUUUAGGAGCGAUAAGAACAACUCGAGGAUGGAAGUGGCCCUGGUAUCGUAUGCAAAUACGUACGCUGACGUAGUUGAUCACGUGGUUUUUGGCGUAGAUCCCCCUGCGAACGCCGAUUUUUUCCGGCUCUUGUCUGGCGGAUUCGGUCGAAUCUGUAGAAUAAAUCGUCGUAUUCGGUUGUUAUCGUGUUGUAAGACCCGUUUUGGACCCCGUUUACCGGUGCUCGGCAUUACAGCGCAUCAUACGUGGUGGACAGAUUGGGUGAUCUGGGAUGAAGUCUCAUGAAUUCCCUCAUUGGAGCUGACAUUAACAGUCAGCAGGAACAAGUGCAUAUUCUUCACAAGACAGAAACAUCCCCUCGUUUCCCCUACAACGUCCGUCUAACAGUCCCUGGUGACGUACGCACGCCAUGGCCAGCCGAAGGAAGACCACGACCCCUUGUAGAGCUGAUGCUGUUUUUCGAGGUGAUGACAUGAUGGGGCAAGAGGAUCCAGGUGAGAUGGAGGUGGAGGUAUCGGCGAAGGACAAAAGCACAGUGGUGAAUGGAUCCACAGAGAUGCUUCCUGGAGAGGACUGGAGCUCCGGGACAGAGCCUCGUGGUUCACGUCAGGAGUCGCCGGCCCCUGAGAAACCUAAUGCGGUGGAUUCAAGGCCUCAGAGGAAGCAGCAGGGAGGCUAUGAAUGCAAGUACUGUCCGUUCUCUACGCAGAACCUGAAUGCGUUCAAGGAACACGUGGACUCCAGUCACCCCAAUGUCAUUCUCAACCCGCUCUACCUGUGUGCUGUGUGCAACUUCAACACAAAGAAGUUUGACACCUUGACGGAGCACAACGAGAGGUGUCAUCCAGGGGAGAGCAACUUCAAGUUCAAGAGAAUCAAGCUGAACAAUCAGACCAUCCUAGAGCAGUCGAUAGAAGGAGCAGGCAACGCUGUGGUCUGUGACUCAACCAACGGCAUUCUGACGGGGGAAGACUUCGCCACUUUCCCCCUGAGCAAAUCCACCACAGUGAAGAUUAGUAAGCCAAAAACAGACAACAAACGGUUAUUCACAGAAAGUCAACAGGACAGACUUGACCACGAGCUCCCCAGAAAGCAGAUCGCCGCCGUGAAUGUGACCGGGACCGUGAUCAUCCCAGAAGCGACCCUAAAAGAUGGCGUCUCUCAUAUCAUGCCUUGUCUUCAGCGCCCGCCUAACUACAACUUAGUACCAAAAAUUGCUGUCCCUUUGAACACCUCCAAGUACAACCCUUCACUGGACAGUAACAUGACACUCAUCACAUCCUUCACCAAGUUCCCGUACCCGACCCAAGCGGAGCUGUCCUGGCUUACCGUUGCCUCCAAGCACCCCGAGGAACAGAUCAAGGUGUGGUUCACCCUCCAGAGACUGAAGCAAGGCAUCAGCUGGUCCCCUGAAGAGGUGGAAGAAGCUCGGAAGAAGAUGUUCAACGGCACCAUCCAGUCAGUCCCACAGACCACCUUCACCGUGCUGAGCGGCGCCCAGAUGGCUCAGUCCACCAAAGGACAACAGUCCCUAGUUCAAUCCGUCCCCUUCAACCUCCUGGGACAGACCAGUUAUGUGUUGACGCCGGUUGCGAACGGCUCAGCUGUCAGUUGUUCUCCCAUCACACUAACCAUGGCAAACCAGGUCGUGCAGUCAGUCAAGAGACCCUUGGUAGCUCCAGUAGUGGCCGCUUCAGAGAUCAAACGUCCCUCCAUAAUCCAGACGAUUCAGGUACCUACACCUAGACUGGUGGCUUCGCCUAAACCCAGCUUCACUUCAGAUGCCAAUAAAACCCCGGACCAGAUUGCUGUACUGAAAGCGAGUUACACCCAGUGCCAGUUCCCUGAAGAGGAGGAAGUGUACCGCCUCAUUGAGUCCACCGGCCUCUCGAGAGGAGAAAUCAAGAAGUGGUUCAGUGAGCAACGACUCCUCAAUCACAAGGUGGCGCCACAGGUGAUCAAGAUUGAGCCCCAGGCAUUGAAAGACAGUCAGCCCAAAAAGGCUGUCCCCACCCAGUUUCCUCUCCUGGAGAGGCUCAAAGGCAAAUCCUCUGAGCAGCUCAAGAUGCUAGAGGAGAGUUUUCAGAGGACCAGCUCCCCCACUGAAAUUGACGUUGACAACCUCGUUGUGGACACAAGGCUCUCCAAGACUGAGAUCGACUGCUGGUUCUCAGAGCGCAGAGCACUGCGGGACAACUUGGAGCAAGCCCUGGCAAACUCCAUGUGUCCUAAGAGCCUUGAGGAACAACGAGGGAUACUGAAUAGUGUUUACGAACAGGACAGCAAAGUCCGGUGCUCACCUCUUCCCAUCGUCACCACUUCCACCAGUCCUGAGCCCAUGGACAGGAAAUCCCUAGGGCUUCUCAAAGAGGUGUUCACCCAGACCCAGUGGCCGUCGCCAGAGGAGUACAGCCAGCUGGAGGGACAGACAGGGUUGUCUCGCACAGAGAUUGUCCGCUGGUUCAAGGACAACCGAUCCGCCCUGAAGAACGGAACCUUGGACUGGAUGGAGCAGUUCCACAAAGUCAACGGCAAAGCAGGACAGAACGGUCAGAGCUCGUCAGGCAUCACUGAACGACCCCCAAGCAGCAUUCUCCAGCAGCACUUCACAGACGCCAAGACCACGCUGCUUUCAGCAGAGGAUGCAGAGAAGCUUCCUUUGCAGUCGAAACUCAUCAACCAGGACAUAGUCCAGUGGUUUACCAGUAAGCUGGGCCAGAGUAUGACAGACAUCAGCAGGGGCAGGGACCAACACGGACAGGCCAACGUGGACAGAAGCAGAUGGGUGAAGGUGACCAUGGCUGUAGGGGACGAGACUAAAGGUGCUUUGGAGAACCAGAAGAUCGGCUCGGAAGCAGAGGUGCUGAUGGGAGACCAACCUGGUCGGGUGACUGGAUGAAAAGAGCAUGAGGAUACUGAGUUUCUCAGGCAGAAGAUUCUCAAGAUUGUUGAAUCUGGAACCAAUGAUUUCCUACCUGGCCUGUGACAUCAGCACAGUGGACAGUAGAGUCCACGCCAAACACUGACUGGCAAGACCAUUGAGUGCCAAAGCUGGACUUGAUGCAUUAUUAUUAUUACACUUAAUAAAAUAAAAAAAGGGCCCUUGUAAAUAUUUUUCUGUAUUGCAAAAGCUUUGUAAACAUUUUCGGGGUUGCUGGUUUUUACAUUUCUAACAGGAGUCAAUAACCCCUAAAAGUGGAAUGUUUUGGUUUUUAUGACUACGAUGGAAAUUGUAAACCAAUUCAUCAGUUGGUAAUUCUUUUCUUUUUAACAAAACAUUUAGUGACUGACAGCUGGUCAUAGAUGGCACUUAUUUCAAGUGGAUAGACUCGUAACACUUCUGAUCUGAUAACCAGUGAGUUCAUCCAUUUGGACUAAAGGGACUCGUGGUUCUCUACCAGACCAUAGAAUCACCUAGCCUGGGUUUCAGAUGUUUGGCAUAUGACAAGGAGUGGAAUGAUGGCACAAACAGGUCUGCUACCCAGGCUAAGAAUCACAUACUUACAUUACAAUAACAGUUCUCCCCCCCUCUCUCAUGCUGAAUGCUCCUGCUGCCUGAGACGAUAGUCAGCCACAGAAUGGACAUGAAUACAUUUAGAAAACAAGAAAAUGCACUGUACAUGUUUUUUUUGUAGUUCAGUCUCAUUUUUGAAUUGCAGCGUCCGUUGCAUCAGUGACUGGUCUUUUCUCGUGUUGGCUUUCUAGAUAUCCAUAGAUAUCCUCGGUGUAGUUAGGCUCCAUUUCAAUGGCUCGCUCCUUCAGUUUCAUGCUUCUUCUAUUAGUGAAUCAUGUUCACACAUGUAUCUGGAAUACUGUACUGCUACCAAGAAUCUCUUUGCUUCCUGUUUUUUUUAUUUAUCCGUCUGCUGUAACUCAAUAAAACACAACCAACUGAA